CAAUCAUGGCAUUUCCCCUCUCUCUCUCUCUACCCAGCAUAUUGCUGCUCCCACACACACACACAAGGCCACCACAACAAAUAAAAGCACUGCUGCUUGCCAGUAUUGCUUUGCUUUGCCUUGCUUGCCCCCACACGCCCUCUCUCUCCUCUCUCUCUCUCAAACCGAAAAGAAAAGAGGAAAGUGGGAUAGCUCAAUCUCUUCUUCCUUCGUCAUUCCUCUCCCGUAGGUUCUCUCUCCCUCCCUCCCUCCCUCCCUCCCUCAGCACACAUAAACUCGAGAUACACAUAUAUAUCAGUAGGAGAGGAUGGAUGUGCAAACCUAGCCUGCUGCCUUUGUAGCUGCAAAUUAAAUUGAGCUGUACCUGUUGGUCUUCCUCCUCGCUCUUCUUGGUUCUCGCUGGUUGCCGGGAGCUGGGAUCGAAAGUACUGCUGUUGUUCGCACGGCGAGGCGGCGGCGGAGACCGGUCAGAAGGAAUGUCUUCGGCCCAAAUCGCGCCGGCAGAUCAUGUGUGCUAUGUGCACUGCAGCUUCUGCAACACAGUUCUCGCGGUGAGUGUCCCGGGGAAUAGCAUGCUCAACAUCGUGACAGUUCGGUGUGGACACUGCGCAAAUCUACUGUCAGUGAACCUGAGAGCACUGAUGCACUCACUCCCAGAACAAGAUCAUCAGCUCCAGCAGGAGAACAUCAAGGUCCAUGGCAUCAACGGCACUUUGCACGAUGAUCAUCAGUACUGCGGCCAUUUGGAUCAGCUCGGUUCUUCUUCGUCGUCAAGGUUCCGGCGGCUUCCAGUGAUGUGUUCGCCACAGAACGAGCAGCACCUGCUGCAGGAGCAAACACUUAACAACAAUGCUCGUCCUCCAGAGAAGAGGCAGCGGGUUCCGUCGGCGUAUAACAGAUUCAUCAAGGAAGAGAUACGCAGGAUCAAAGCGAACAACCCCGACAUUAACCACAGGGAAGCCUUCAGCACGGCAGCCAAGAAUUGGGCACAUUAUCCAAACAUCCAUUUCGGUUUAGACGACUCCGGGCGAGAGGGCAAGAAGAAGCUCGUGGAUCAUGAGGCGGCGGCGUCUGUCGUCGCAGUCGCAGCAGCACCGACUGCUGCUAAAAAGAUCCAGGGUUUCUACUGAUGGUAGCAGAUAGAUGUGUAGAUUGAUUGAUACAUCAUCGACCGGGUGGAAGAAUUGAUACCACAAAAACUGCUUUAUAUAUAUGUACUGUGAGUAAACAGUUAAAAUUAAACUUGUGAGAUGUACCGUACAUAUGAAGAGCUAGCUAGUAGUGAGUCAUAAAGUGGGAAAGUGAAGCAUAUAUAGUCGUAAAAACAAUCACAUGAAUUGCUAUUAGGCACCAUAUAUAUGCACUUAAUUAUAUUGGUUGAGGAGACCUAAUAAAUCAUUUGACCUACCAUGCA